AUGAGGCGGAAUUUUCCCACUCAUCCUCCUUCUGUUCACUCCUACGAUCAUCAUCAUCAUCAAAUCCCGGAGCCUCCCUGUCCGGUGGCUCUCAGCAGCGACCUGGGACACUCUCUGGACUUGGUCACAACACUCAGGAGUGAACUGGCAGCUUCCACCUACAAGAGAGACCGUCUCUUGGGAGAUCUCUCCGAGACGAAGAGCGCUCUUUGCGCCAAAGAGAGCGAAUGUGAGUCUCUGAGGGCUCAAACAGCCAGACAAUCGGCAAUGAUUGGAUCUCUUCAGGCUCGACUGCAGGCUUCGGAGACUCGCGAGAGAAAUGCCCAGACGCGCAAUGAGACCACCGUGUCGACUUUCCAGCGCGACAAGAGAUGCCUCGAGGACAAAGCCAAGGAGUUGUGCGCGAAACUGCGCCGGCUGGAGUGUGAUCUCAGCGCUGAGGAGGCGCACAAGGAGCAGACCAAGAGUCAGUUCCAUGAUCUUUUGCGACGCCUCUGUCUCUGCCUGGGCAUUGAUGUCUGUGACAACACGGUUCUAUCGCCGGACUUGGUCCUCACCAAGGCCGGAGAAAUUGUCACGGAGCUCCAGCGCCUGAGGAACAAAGUCACGGCGACUUGCGAGACGCUGACAAACACGGAAUCCGAACUGCUGACUGUGAAGAACACCUCCACGUCGGAGAGGCAGAGGAUGCAGUCGCAGACGGACGCCCUGAAGUCCCUGGCGGACGAUCUGGAGUCCAGGAAUAGGCAGCUGGAGAAGGAGUUGCACAUGACCAGGGAUCGGCUGACGGACAAUGAGCUGUGCGGUGACAAGUUGAGAGAAGAACUGCGAGGCUUCGAGAGCCGCUGUGGACGUCUGCAGAACAAUCUGGAGCGCUUCCAGUGCGACCGAUUGCAGUUCCUCAAACACGUGGCCAACACUAUUGGCGUCCCUGAGCCCUGCGAAACUCUGGUCAAGGACAAGCUGCGGGAAAUGGUGGGUCACAGCCAGCAGCUCCACCAGCAAGUGGAGAGUCUGAGGGAACAGAUCGCCAUGGAGGGCACUCGCCAUCGGGAGGCUGAGGAGACCACGUCGUGUCGCCUGAGAGCCGAGGAAGCCCAGAGAUGUUCCAUUGAGGAGCGUUUCGAGAAGGCUCAUGCGGAUCUCCAGGCCAUGCGGGCGGAUCACACUUGCCUGGCUGAGUAUUUAGUGCGUCUGGCGAGAGCUCUGUGCUGGAGCGAGUGUACUGAGCCACCAGCGCAUGGGAACGACACCCACAUCAUGGCUGAUGGUCUCUUGGAGCGCGCAGAGCGAAUGGCGAUCUUCUUCGAGAACCACGGCGGAUCUCAUGGAGAAAAGGUGAAGAGUUCGCACCACACAUUCUGGGAUCAUCAUUCUCACAAUCACCAUCAUCUGCCCAAGUUGCGACGCGAGAGAUCAUGCCAUGACAUUCCACUGAAAGAGAGCUCCGUGAUUUACACUCUCCAGCGCAGAUUGAGAGUGCUGCGAGAGCAGGUUCAGCGUCGAGAUCUUCAUCUUGAGCUGCUGAAGAGGAAGAUUGCCCUCCUGGAGGACGGGGCACGCACCAAAGCUGUCCUCCAGACCGAGAGGGAUGAGGCAAUUCACAGAGCUCGGCGAAGCACGAAGAAUGCUGAGAAGAACUUCCAACAGCUGCUGGAGGUGAAAGCCCAGCUUGCUGAGGUGAAGUCUCAGCUGUCUGAAGCGGCUGAUUUCAAGAUCACUGCUCUGGAGAGAUCCAGGAAGAUUGAUGAACUCCAGGCGCGCCUCCACGACCUGGAGACGGAGAAAUGCAAGCUUCAGUCGCAGAUUUCCAACUACAAGACGCGAGCCAGAUCAGCUGUGGAGUCCUCAAAUGAGCGACGCUGUCGGGAUGAGCAAGUUAUCACUAAUCUCAGAGAUGAGAUGACCAGAAUAAAGACAAGUCUCGCCGACUGCAACCAUCGCUUGUCUCAAUUGCAAGCCUUCAGAGCAUCCGUGGCUCGGCUGCUGCACAUGAGAGAUCUGCCGGAAGCGGAUCUGCUGCAGCGUUUGCACACACUCUGCAGUGCUCACCAGGAGUUCACUCUCCUGUCUCGUCGCUACGAAGCCGCCUCGCCAGUCGCAGAUCAUCCCUGUCCGCGCUUUGACCACGACCUCCUUCCGCCGCCUGGCCACUGCCGGCCCAUCUCCAGCGCCAGCCCGCAUCACCACAGGCGCUUCGACGACUUCCACGACGAGCACUUCGACGAUUUCGAUGACUUCGCCAAGAAGUACUGA